GGAAGAAGAUGCUCGCGGCACCCAAAUACACCGAAGAUUUUGCCCCAUCGGCUCAUUUUUACUCAUUCCAGACCCAUUUUUGACCAGAGCAAAGCAGAUGAGGAACUGAGUCCGAGAUAAUGGCCUGGCCACCUGCUCAGAAGCCCGGGGACUCAAAAGAAGAGUACGGAGGCCCAGCCCAGACGGACGUCUGUGCUACUCAAGUUUCAGAAGAGUUCCCCAAGUCCUGUACUGAUGAGGUACUGAGCUCUGGUUCCAUCAGCUUCUCUGGAGACCUGCAAUCCUGUUCACACACCUCUGAAAGCCCACCAGAGACCGAAACGCCGACUACAAGUUCGGAAGAACAAGACGAGCUGUCAGAACUUUCAGUCUUACAGGAUGAAAAUAAGCUGAGUGAAAAGUGGAUCAACCACCUCAAGAGCAAAGAAAUUCAUUCAGAAAGAUAUCAGUCCGACCUUAGACACCUGCCUGAAAUCCCCAAGGCAUCCGCAGAAGAACUGAAUGCCCUGCGGUCUUUUUGUACUAAAAAAGUAAACUCGAUCCACCAGAGAGAGGAUUCCAGAGGUAAGAAAAGCAACAGACCCAAAAGGCUGCAGCUCAAAUGGAUUGCAGAGACAUCAGAGGUAGAUCCUUUUAAUUGUACGAUUCCUGAUGAACUGUUGAACAGAAUCUAUUUGGAAAACACCAGAGCGACUCUAGCGUACAUAGGGGCGAUUACACAACACAAUUCUUCGCAGUGUCCCAGCUGUACCAGCAAAAGAGCAGAGCUGGCUCAGUCUGACUUCCUAAGACGAAGGAAGACUUUACUGCAGUCACUACUACUCCAAGAGAAAAUAGACGAACACCUUCACACCACAGACUUUCUCACCCGUAUCGGGGAGGCACAUCAGGACUUCCCCAGGCUUUCCGAUGAUCCUAGGAUCAUCUGGAAGCGACUGACUGAGAAAAUGCAAAAGGGAAGCUCUGGCUCUGGGCAGGCAUGUUCAAAGCAAGUGUAAGAAGACCAUACCAGCCCUUUAACACUUCUCAACUCAUGUAUCCAACCAGAUAGGUGGUGCCGACUACUAAAGAUGUAAUGUGCCGAACCAGGGGAUGGUGACUAUUACUGAUUAGUGAUAACAUGUGAUGUGCAUACAUGUACCUGGUGUGUGUUUGAGUACUUGAGUAAUUACCAUCUCUUCGUAGUGGAAAUUUAGAAACUAAAUGUAAGAUUUUCUUCUGCUUCCUUCACAGAGGUCUCAGUCAUUCCAUCCAAUAGAUUUUUCAUGUUUUGCAAGACAAUUGGAGGAAUUGCAAAACCUUUGUAAUCUAGGGAAAAGAUAUAUAUAUAUAUAUAUAUAUAUAUAUAUAUAUAUAUAUAUAUAUAUAUAUGUAGUUUGGAGUGGUGGUUGACUGACAGUACAGACAGAAUAAACAGAUGUAAGAGAGUUAGGAAGCAGUGACUAGGGCUGGUUUUGGUGAUGAAAUGGCUGUAGGGAUUUAAUAAAAGCUAACCAUUUAAAAGACACUAGGAUUCUAACUCGUGUGCUUGCUACUUGAGUGAAUAGUAAUUUCCUUAAGAUCGAAUUCUCUUUAGCAUCUGUCAGCCUGACAAAAACUAGAGUCACUGGGGAAGAGGAAACCUCAACUGAGGAAUUGCCUCUGUCCAUGGACCUAUGGGCAUGUACUUGCCUAAUGUUUGAUGUGGGAGGGUUUGUCCCACUGCCAUCCUUAGUCAGGUAGUCUGAGGAUGUGUAACCUGUCACGCUCAGCAAACUAUCGAAAGCAAGCCAGUAAUCACAUUUUCCCAUGCUUUCUGCUUAGUCCUUGCCAAAAUGUUUCUGUCUUUAGUUCCUGACUUUGCACCCCUCCAUGAUUGACAAUAACCUAUUAAGUAAAUAAAACUGUUUCUUCUCUA